AUGUUCGCUUUGUCAUCAUCGUGCAUCGCCGCUUCUUCUUCGACGAGGAGGACUUCGAAAAGCUCUUUGAGGAGACGAAGAAACGAAGGACCCGUUUGUUUCGUCUCCUCCAAAUCUGGAUUGGAAAUUGACAGCGCUGAAAAAACGAAGAAAUCAUCAUCAUCAUUUUCAUCAUCGAUCCAAAACACAUUUUCUUCAGCUUCUCUCAAAGCGUGUAGUCUUUCCACGUCUUUCUUCCUCUUCCAAACAGAAAACGCGUUCGCAGCCUCGGCGGAUGCGGAGGAGUUGAAACAAUUCCUAAUCGGGUUUUGGAACUUUCGAACCGGGGACGUGACGUCGAUUUUGUUAUACACGGUCGCGCCGAUCGCGCUGCCGUAUCUGAUUUUCAGUCAGCUCACGAAACAAAAGCAGGAAAAACAGAUUGAAAUCUUAGAGCAAGGCGGAUGGGUCGAGUUUAUGCGCGAAAGAGAGUUGGACGUGAACAUUUUAACGUUGGUCCAAAUCAACGCGUUCGUCGCGGCGGCGGAGAAAGGAGUUUUAGACGACGCGAUGGUGGCUGAGUUUGUGAGACAGCUCAAGUUGAACGAACAGUGGAAAAAGAGUACGAUUAACGUGGAGGAUCCGAGAGCGGCGGCGGCGACGAGACGGGCGAGAGCGGAAGCCAUCCUCGAGGCGAGAGAGGAAAGAGCAAAGCAAGAGUCGUCGUCUUCGUAA